AUGACAUCAUCAGAACUCCCUUCAUUGUCCGGAAAAGUGUGCAUUGUGACAGGAGCAUCUCGGGGUAUUGGUAAAGGUAUUGCCUUGAUGCUGGCCAAGGCAGGAGCUACGGUGUAUAUUACAGGUCAGUUAAACUUUUAGGAAAUUGUCUUACAGUAUGAUAAAUCAUCUACUCCACAAACAGCCAACAAACUGUUUUCUACAUGAAAAUAAUUUAAAAGUGCAAAAAAUUAUAUUUGAUAGGAAGGACCCUUGAUGCCACAGAAGGAAGGACUGGAUCACUGCGGCAAACUGCUGAGGAGGUAAUAACAAUGUUCCACAAUAUUAUUUUUCAGUGUCGGUGUUCCAGUUUAGGUCUGUUACAGGAACAGCAUGCAAAGAAAGUUGUGUUUGAUAGUCCGGGACUAGUGGAUUUUGUUAUCAGGCUAGUGAAUUCUGUUCUCAUCUUGCCCGAUGGGCAAAUGAUUUUUUUUAGGAAAUUCACAUAACAGAAGAACUGUAAUGAAUCCUGCUCAUGAAGAAAUUUUUGGGGCUAAUGAAAUGACUCUUGAGCUGGUACAUGCUAGUUGCAGCUUGCCCAAAUGGCAAGCUGUAAAACUGACUUUAUUUGCACCCUGAAGGGGUCACCAUUGGGCAGGUGGUGGGUGGGUGGAGGGGGGUUAGCAUAGGUAAUUAGGGGUAAAAUUUUGACAUUGAUGAUGCUUCAGUGUUACUCUUGUCUCAAGUGACACGCCUAGUAUUUUUGGUUCUCUGUCUUUCUUCACGCUUUUGUUACCUAUGAACUUAAUUUAAAACAUGCUACAACAAUUAAAAUGAAAUAUAAAAAAUCCGAAGUGGUGUGAGGGUCCCCAAUAGGGUUCUUCAGUCCCGUAAUCCCGACCCAAAAUUUCGUCCAAUCCCAUGAUCCCAAGGGUCAUUUUUGGCAUCCCACCUCCCUCUCUUAAUUUCAAUCCCGAAUCUCGCCCCGAUUUGGCUUUAAAAUCCCAAAUCCCGAGCUUCAAAUAGGGAAAAUCCCAGGUACCGAAAAACCUAUUGGUGUCCUCUGGUGUCGCCGCGCAUGAAGUCCCGGGGGCAAAGUCUUAUUAGAAUUGCUAAUACAAAAGCAGACGUCAACUGAAACAAUAAACUGCACCUUAAAAUGCUUAAAGUGGCACUAUUCGACUUUGCGAUUACUGACUAACAGCUGCAGGUUGAUUGGGAACAGGGCAUUUGCCCUCUUUUUUCGUCCUCACCGCGGGGAAUUUGUCAUCCAAGGCAAAAAAAAAAAAACGUUGAUGCCCGGGGUUUAGCCCGCGAGGGACAUGGGCGCAGCGGGAAUUGACUGAUACACUUAUAUCGAAAAUGGUUGUAGAAUUAUCGAAGGAAUACUCGUAAAGUUGUUUUUCGAAAGAUCGUAGACGUGUGACGUAAAUGAAGUAGUAAGGUAUUCCAGGUAAUGGUGUUUUUGGUUGGAGACGACUUGAUUGGCUCUGCCACAGGCUGCCCAAUGAUGAUGAUAACGUGUUCGGUGACUCAGAAGAAAAAUGUUACACACAACCGCUUCGGGCAGGUCGUUUAUAAUGAAGAGGAUGUUCUGAACUGUAGUUUCUCCUAAACGUUAACGUUCGGUACGGACAAAUACGCGGCACAAAUUUAACGUUGUUAAAGCUUUAGUAUUAGAGAGUUUUAGAUCCGAGUUUACCGCGAACCUCUAACCGCUAGGAGUCACGUGACAAGUCUUUCGCGUCACGUUUGAGGUUUACGACGUGCGUUUUCAACGUGGGGAGGUAGGUUUUCACGUAUGCCAUUUACCUGAAAGCUUUUAACGUAUAAUUCUUGUUUUAUCCCACGUAAUGAUACGAAAAUCUUGUGCAGCAAGUCUUUAUCCAUUAACAGAGGCAUAAAUUCGGGCGAAAUGCUAAAUUUGAUAAAUCCUAUUGGAUCUUGAAAACAAGUGCCAUUCAUGGCUGCUGAUUCAAAAUGGCGGCCGUAAAUUUAUAAGAAGAACUAAUGUAAGAAUUUACAGCUCUUUACUGCUAGAUAACCCAGUGUUACCGUAAAUUUCUUAUGUUUGCACUGAUUGAUAUUUCUUCCAUUUCUAAAUGGAAAAAUAAAUUCAGAAUCCACUUCUUUAAUCCACCGCCAAUCUAAAUCGAAUUAUGUUUGAACGUCGAACCGCAAACGGGUAACCGCAAACCGCGGUUAGAGGUUCGCGGUAAUCUCGGAUGUAAAACUCUCUAUUCUGUACUUUACGGUAUUACCGUAUCUCUUGCGUGACACAAGCGAUGCGAUGUUACGAAGCGAUCUCCCACAACUGACUCAAAUAUAGGAUCAAAAUGCAAAGGAUUUUGAAUAACUGUUUUACAUUAAACCACGAGUCACGUUUUUCACGCUAACCGAGAGUGUUCUCAGAAGAGGACAAAUAGGACUGGUACUAAGAGAGUCCUUUGAGGGACUCUAGAUGUUACGUCCACCCAUAAGAGAACCAACUAUCUAUGAGAACACUUUGGGAUCGUGACUUUUGUAGUCUGAGAACCAUGAGUCUACAAAUGUCAAGUAGUAUUAAUUUACGUUGAAGCUAGUAGUGAGGCCAGGCAGACUCGAAAGGUAAGAAAUCUAAUGAAACAGCGAUUUUAAAAUAUUGUUGUUGUUGUUCCUUUUUAUUUGACUUUUUAGAUAGGACAAGAGAGUACCGGACAGUGUAUACCAGUGCAGUGUGACCAUGGAAACGAUCAAGAAGUCCAAAAGUUGUUCGAUAAAGUUAGCAAAGAACAAAAUGGACGGUUGGAUAUCCUUGUGAACAAUGCUUUCAAAGGAGUGAAGGUACAGUCUGUAGGCGAGAGUCAGGCUGCAAAAAAUGACAGAUGCAACCUAGUUUAUAUGCUGCACAGAUUAGGGAUGGCCGAAAGCUACAGUCAAAGCUGUCUUAACUGGCAUUCUUGUGUUGUGAAGUGGACAGCUCCACUUAUGCCGUUAAAAAACCAAAAUUUAAAACUUUCAUACUUAGAAGUUCCAAGCUACCUCAGCUGGGGCAUAUAAUAUGACAAUGGCACACUAUUCCUGGCGCGAGUCUCACACCUGCGGAUCGGAAACUUCGAUCUUACGCCUGCGGACCAAUUUCUCACGGCCGGAGGAAAAAUAUGAACCACAGCCUUAACGGACCCAUUUUCGAAAAAUGUAUAAAAGUAACAUAAACUCGAAGCAAUUCGAGAAAAGGAAAGUGUAUGUAAAUGAUCGUACUUUCCCCAGAAAUCAGUGGUUUUUGAAAAGAAAGCACUGCAACUGAGUUAUUUAGAACACUUCGAAACCCGGCGUCUUCUGAAAUCUUGGGACGACGUUGAUCGGGUCCUUUACGAAAAAUCCUGAUACUCUAAGGACAAAAUUCUCGCGCCUUUGACUCAAAAAAGGUGGCAGGUGCACUGUGAAGUACUUACUUAAAUUAGGGAGCUUAAGCAACGGCGACAGCGACGGCAACGAGAACGGCGAAAAAGCGACAGGUCUAAAACAACAUCAGUUUUGCAAAACAACAACUUUGCACGUGCAUCACGCUUUUUUGUAGCCUGCGAAUACAACCGUUUCUCCUCGCUCCAAGUUCAAGCACAGGUAACCCAGGCUCACAGUUUGUGUCACGUACGGGUUUCGUAACAUGAGUAAAUAUAGCGAACAUGGGGCGAAGUUUAGGUCUGGAAAUUUGCCAGAAAGUGGAAAUAAAAAUCGAUGAAAUUUACCAUGUGGCGAGUUGUUGUUGUCCUCAACAUGCACCAGAAGUUUCGAGAAAAAUAGCCUCUGCUUCAGCUUUACUAUGCUAUGUAGGAAAGAUGAAGCGCACUAUUUUUCUCGAAACUUCGUGUGCAUAUUAAGGAGCGAGGACCGAGAGACGGCAGUAUUCGCAGGCUAAGCUUUUUUGGACAUUGCUUUGCCUUUGUUGCACGACUACGACGUGAAAUUUCUUAGCUUCGCGUUUUAUGGAGGACGUGAACACAAGACAACAAUUUUUUUUCUUUUACUGGAUUUAGAUACAAUCCUUUACAAUCAACUUGCGGAAAAUUCCUAACAUUAAACAAAUAUAUGAAAUGGAAUAAGAGCAUUAAAUAAAGUUUGAAACAGCGCGAAUUCGCUUUUCAAGCGACGUUUUCGCUGCCCUUGCCGUCGUGGUUGCUUAAGCUCCCUAAUAGCAGUGUUAUAGUUCACUCAAAAAGUGAUUAAUAUAUCGAAAUAGCAGAGCUAGAGCUAUGAAUAAUUACACUCCAAGAGCUAGGUUAUUUGAACAUUUACUGCAACUCUGAGUUUCAUGCUUCUUGCGAAGCAAUGCCUGAUGAUUGCUAUAUGUAAUAAAUGUGUGCUAUUAAUGAUUUUUGUGAUAUGGCCUAGGUACUGAAUGACAAUGAAGAAAAACCAUUUUAUGAACAGGUAAGAAUCUCAAUUUAAUUGUCGAUGUUGAAGAAUUCUGCUUGGAAGACAUUUAAUCAAUAUGAAUCAUUUUGUAACAUUUUGUAACUUAGAGGGAUGAUCUCUUGAACUUUAUUAAUACAAAACUAAUGUCAUAAUUUGUUAGUGUCCACCGUGCAUCAAUGCUUGUUCUGACAUCAGUUAGUACAUUUAUACAUACAACAAACUGUACUACUACAUGAGAAAUUUCUGCAAUUUGAUUGGCUUAGAGCAGUGGUAUUUCAGCUUAAUUUGAAAUACCUACAUGUGAAAAUUACAAAACUAUUGCAGGUAGGAGUAUAAACAAAUAAUAGCAUGAUUUGUACGUUUUAUUUGGCAUAAAUAACACUAGUGAUAUUUCAAAAUUGUCUCAAAUUUCACUCACCUAACGGCCCCUGAAAUUACGUAUAACAAUUUCGAAAUAUGACUCGUGGUAUUUAUGCCAAAUAUCACUACAAAUCAUGCUAUUACCUAUACUAACAGGUCGGUGUUUUCCCUGCGGUUGUUCAAUGAGACUAACCGCCCAAUAGGUGCGCCUUCCAUCGUUUUUUUCAAGUGCAAGUUUUGAGUUAGACCAAUAAGCGAAUAUCUAUCGACGCCGCUGGAAAGAGGGCCCCAAAAUUAUAGGAAACUUACCAAGUUUAACGGUGAUACGUCCAAAGACAGCCAAGAUAUUCCUCCACAAAGUCGCGAAAUUUUACAGACGUUUGUAUGGUGGGGGGCACGAUUCCACCUUUGUUUCCUCUUCUUUCGUUUGUUUGGUCGCAAUUAACCUGGUGUUAUCCUGAUUCUGAUCCUUUAGCCUGCAAACGUGUGGGAUGAGGUGAACAAUGUGGGACUCAGGUAAGCAAAUGAACAUCUGAAGAACGAAAAGUCUGUUCAGUUCAGAGAUGGUUUAUCACAUUAACAUUUUUUGGUAUGUAAGGUAAUUCCCUAGUUUUGCACUGCACAUCAUCUACUGCGCGUUACUUUGUGAUAUUAAAGGUUCAGGCGGUCAUUUUCACCGGUCGCCUGAAGAGAGGUAACAAAUGGCCCUUUUGUAGUUCAAAUAGUUUUCUUACAUUUUUUUUGCAACCCCCGCCUCGCGGUUGCCUUUGCUCGCCUGAAAAACGCAAAAUAACGACCGUUCUGCCAGCUAGUUUCUUGGUUAUUUGAACUGUGACAAUUUUUUUGUAGAUAGUCAUUCUCUGACAUCAGCCCGUGCCUGAAGAAAUAUUGUUAAGGGAAAAUAUAAGCAUAUUCUCAAAGCUGUGCAGUAAGCCUUGCAGUUUUACUCUCAGUUAAUCGGCUGUAACCUUUUCGCCCUCCUAAGUACUGGCGGUGUGGAUUACUCUCAAGGCUUUUUUUGCUGUUGAAUGUCUUAAAAAGAAGGCUUGUCACGGAAAGGAAAACAAGCAAUAGUGUGUUAGGCCUUGGUAAGAUAAAAAAUAUUGAUACCAACAUGAUUUUUAUACUAAUGGAGAAGAGCUCUUGAUCGCAUACUCGCAGGGUGGAUCUUAGGCACGCGUGCUCAUUACAGCUCUGGACUUUAUUUCAUAUUUUUUGUUUCUUUGCAUGUAUUGUACACUUGUAGUUUAUCUCUCACUUCCCGUGAACCGCUUAACUUGAUGUAUCAUAGUCACUAAAUGUUAAUGACUAGGUUACGGCAGCAAGGAAUUCUUUGUUAAGUCGUCUUCAUCAUCCGCGUUCUUUGUGUCCCUUUUCUCCAUCAAGGUCUAAUUACAUUGCCGCGUGGCACGCAGCCAAGAUGAUGGUUCCAGCCAAACAAGGACUUAUAAUCAAUGUUUCAUCGGCAGGAGGAAUGACAUAUAUUUUCAACGUUGCGUAUGGCGUCGGGAAAGCUGCAGUAAGUCGCACAAGUUCAUUGAUAUGCACUUAAAAGUAAAAGCUCUCUGGCCUUUUUUUGUUGGCAUUCACAAAAUAUUUCCGUUGGCUUCACAUAACGACGCUAAAAAGGUCGAUGCUGUCAAAGCCCCUACGCUAUUAGGUUUUAGUUUCUCAAAGGGUAGCUGGAAUAAUCCUUUGGUGGUUUCUGUCGAUUAAUUUUAACACCCUCGUUUUCAGGGCUGGAUCUGUCCCCUUUGCUUCCCUUGUCUCCUCAAAAGGGAGCUUAAACAACAACGAUGGCAAUGGCUACGAAAACGUCACUUAAAAUGUGAAGUCGCUCUGCUUCAAACUUUAUCGCGCUUAUUCCAUCUCCUUCUAUUCGUCAAAUGUUGGUAUUUUUUUUCUGGAGUUGAAUUCUUAAAGAUUGUAUCGAAAUUCAGUAAAGGAAAAAGAAAAUUGUGGUCUUGUGUUCACGUCCUUCACAAGACGUGAAGUUAGACAUUUUCACGUCACGCCAAGGAAAUGUACAACAAAGCGUGAUACACGUGCAGAGUUGUUGUUUUACCAAUCUAAGCCUAUUGCUUUUUUGCUGUCCUCGUUGACGUCGCCGUCUUCGUUGCUUAAGCUCCCUAACGACAGAGGAGAGAGGCGCUGGAAACGAGGUUGAACUUUAAACUCUUCCGAUGUUUGACCUCGGUCAAAUGAGAGAAAUUGCAAAAGCUAAAAAAAGUACUACCAAGCUGAGGUUGUUAUUUUCGCUAUUUGAAGUGUGAUACAUUAGCAGUACACUAUCUAUUUACUAAACGAUUUGAAAGUUUAUUAAAAAAUUUCUAAGCGUUUGAAAACUUAGUCGGCAAAAUUGCUAUCUGCCCACAUAAGUUAGCUCGUCACGGAGAGUUUUCGACAAGAACCGCAUUAUUAUAAGAAAAAUCAAAAGAUGAUUAAAUGAUUCUUUAGUGAGUCCAUGGCCAUUUUUUCCACAAAACAAAAGGCAAAACGCCUUAGACGUUUGACUGCAAGGGAGACGUGGGUAAAACUUGUAUAAGGCUCCUUUAUAUGGAGAAAACUUGUCCCGGACAAAAGUGUCCCUCGCCAACCGGAGCCACCCUCGUCUAGCCAACUUUUCAUGCAUUUCCUUGCAAAACGUGGCAAACAGUUUACAUGAGACUAAGGUGCGGUCACCCCUUUGCGAUGGUAGGGUCAGUCCCCUGGCUGGGCGAACGUUUCCUCAUGUAAACCCAGCCGGGUCAACUCGGUCAAGGAGUUUCAGUGAUUAUGUGGUUUUUGGUGACCAUUCCAGUAUUCCUGAGGGCACUUGAUGAUGACUAUCGUAAGAAUUCAGGUGUAUCUUAGCCUGCCUUCCUUGACAUUGUUAUUAAAACUUGUAAAAUAUACGUGUAUUAAUUUUCGCUGUUAGUUGGGUUCUUGAAAUUACAACUUCUUAGCUAAAACUCAUUAAUUAGUACUUUAAUACUAAAGACGUUGGAAAACUCGUUCUUUAUUGGCUGGUACUUAAUUUUCAAAGGUGCAUAUUCAAGAUCAUCCUGAUUGCAUUGAUAAUUUCUUUGCAUUCCUAUUUUUCUAAGAAUGAUCGAAUGGCCGCAGACAUGGCUGUGGAGCUGAAGGAACAGAAUGUGGCUUGCGUGUCACUUUGGCCUGGAGCUGUGAUGACUGAAAAUAUCAGAGACUAUUUAAGUCAACCACAAGAUGAG